AUGCCCCCGAAUAACCGCAAAAAGAAGAAGCCUGCCUCCAAUCCGGCCCGCGGAUUCGCAACGGUCUCAGUGCCGUCCAAACCCAAGACCACGGAAUCUCCAGGUCCAGCCUCGACAGCGGAUUCGAAGUCGGUCUCGGUCUCGGAAAGUGAUCGACCAACUCCCGUCGAGAGCAAGCCAUCUACAGUAGAACCUACGACCGACGCCUCAUUACAAAAUUAUACCCCCGAGGAACUCGAGAGACACUUGGAGGAGGCUGAGCUCCAGCUCCUGGUGGAGAAAUAUGCUUCCAAAUGCAGGAGUGACGCCGCCCGACAAGUCACCAAGCUGGAGACCGAACGGAGAGUCCUCCGGCAACAAGCCGCGUCGAUCAAUCUUGUUGAGUGGUUUCCCACCGAGGUGUUGACCUCCAUUCUGAGCCUGGCCGAGACAGAGGAGCGAGAGCUCAGUCCCCUACCCGGACGGGAUGUCGCUGGGCAGAAGAAGCCCGUCUCGGAGGAAGACCUGUAUAUGAGACUAUGGACACUCCAGGAGACCUUGCUUAAACUCGGCUUCCCGGAAGCAAAAGUAAACGAGUCCUUGAAGCAUCUGCUGCUUUACUUUUCUGGUAAUUUUGCCACAACUAAUAGGGAGGUGGUCUGCAAUCUGGACGAGGCCCUAGACUGGCUCGCCAUGCACUGCGAUCCCAAGGAAUUACCCUCUUACAUGCAGACAAAUGCGCAGCAGCGCAACGAGUCGGAUAAGCACAUUUCCUGGAUAAAUGAUCGUGAGCCAUCACAAUCCUCUUCCCCAAGUGGGGGCCCAGUUAAUAGCAAAGUGAAAAAACCCAAAAGCCCUGUAAAGGAGCCGGGCCAUGCUCUCCAGUCGAGUCCGUACGAUUCUGACAGCUCCCUUGACCCUGACACGCUGGUCCCGAAGUAUUUGGACCUGCAAACUCGUCUAUAUGGCUUGCGACCUGAAUUGUUCGAUCAACCCAAGAAGGGCAAGAAGGGAGGCCGUAAGCCUACUGGAACUGAUGUACCAGAUCCCCAAAUAGCAAGGCUUCAGCGCAAGAUUGCUAGUAUUGAAAACGACGUAUUGUUUGACCGUCAUGAAGCCGAGUACAAGUGGAGCGAGAAACUUGACGAUCUUCGGAAAGAGGCAGCUUUUGUUCGGCGCUCGCAACCUGAAGACAAGCCCAUUUCAGAUGAUGCUGACAUUGAACAAUUGGACGAGAAGAAAGCAGAGCCAGAUGGCAGCGUGCCGCUGCUUGACAACGAAGAGAACACUGACUUGCUAGGGGACAUGUUCCAGGACGAGGAACCGGUCCUGGAGAUCGGCGUGAUAACCGAGGAGCUAAACAAGGCGUCCAUCAAGAUCCGUGACUUCGGAAAAUGGACUGGGCUUAGCCCCCGACGAGUGCUGGAAGAAACGUGCAAAGCCAGGGAUACGGGAUGUAAGAUCACAUAUAAGGACUCAUCUGCUUCAUCGCAUUCGAAUCGAGCCGCAGUCGAAGUGCGAUGGUCCAAAGCCCAGGAGGUUCCCUUCCCCUUUGUAUGGGACACCAUCACGCAUAACUCGAACGCCUACGCAACUUUCGUCUCAAUGGACUCGAUGGCAACGCCGACUUCCCAGCAAGCUGAAUCCUUUGUCUCAACACUUGCUUUGUUUAUCCUAUUCGCUCAGAACUCCAAAGAGGGCAAGGCGUACCUGCGCCUCCCAGCAGUGUGGCGGGAACUCUGGACCGAAUUUGCCAAUGCGAAGAAGGUGCAGGAGUAUGAAGCUGAUAAGAAGGUCGUCAAGAGCCUGAAGAAUCUGGUUCAGGAUAACCACGGAGUCUUCGAAGAUGAUGUUGUCUUGUCGCAUAACUUCCGAAGACGAAAUGGGGCGUCUAGCAAACCGGAAUCCCCGGUACGGGGAGCUAGCGCGAAGGAUAACUCUGGCCUUGAUGUCGAGUUGACCCGAAUCUGGGCAGAAAAGUCGUCCACGGCUUCGUUCCAUUACAUGGCUCAAGGCAGGAUGAACCUACCCAUCUGGAAUUUCCGGGACGAGAUUCUCAGCACCCUCGACACCCAUCGUGCGCUUAUCGUCUGCAGUGAGACAGGAAGCGGCAAGAGUACUCAGAUACCUUCGUUCAUCCUGGAACAUGAAAUGCAACAAGGCCGCUCGUGCAAGAUCUACGUGACUGAGCCUCGCAGGAUCUCCGCCAUCUCUCUUGCUCGGAGAGUGAGCGAAGAACUGGGCGAGAAUAAGAACGACGUGGGAACAGCCCGCUCGCUCAUUGGCUUCGCUGUCAGGCUGGAGAGCAAAGUCAGCCAAUCUACGAGACUGGUUUUCGCGACCACCGGAGUGGUGGUGCGAAUGCUUGAGCGCCCGGACGACUUCCGCGACAUCACUCAUGUCGUUCUUGAUGAAGUCCACGAACGUUCCAUUGAUAGUGACUUUCUUCUUAUUGUCCUUCGUCGCUUGAUGCAGAGGAGGCCUGAUCUGAAGCUGAUCCUCAUGUCGGCUACGCUCGAGGCUCAGCGCUUCUCCACCUAUCUUGGAGGUGUCCCUGUGCUGAACAUCCCGGGCCGGACUUUCCCGGUGGAGAUGAAGUUCCUGGAAGAUGCCAUCGAAAUGACAAACUAUCGGCUGUUAGAGAAUGAUCCCAAUGCGAUCGAGGAUGACUCUGACGAGUUGGCGCUGGAGGCGGCCCAGGGCGACACUGCCGGCGGCCUUUUGGCCACGCUUGAUGGGUAUUCGAAGCAGACCAGGGAGACCGUGGUGAACUUUGACGAAUACCGUUUGGACUACCAGCUGAUCAAGAGGCUGGUUGUUCAAAUCGCUUGCUCGCCUGAUAUGACCCAGUAUAGCAAAGCCAUCCUGAUCUUCAUGCCUGACCAGGAGAAGGCAUUCGUUGUGCCCCCUGAGGGCAUGAGGAAGAUUGUGAUUGCCACCAACAUCGCAGAGACAGGUAUUACUAUUCCGGAUAUUACUGCCGUCAUUGACGCCGGCAAGGAAAAGAGCAUGCGGUUCGACGAGCGCCGCCAACUCUCCAGGCUGGUUGAGACGUUUAUCUCGCGAGCCAACGCGAAGCAGCGACGUGGACGAGCCGGUCGUGUGCAGAAUGGAAUUUGCUUCCAUCUGUUCACCAAACAUAGACACGAGAAACUGCUCGCAGAACAGCAGACGCCAGAGAUGCUCCGACUGUCUCUUCAAGACCUCGUGCUGCGUGUCAAGAUCUGCAAGCUGGGCGAAGUGGAACCGACUCUGCUGGAGGCUCUCGACCCGCCGUCAUCCAAGAACAUCCGCCGGGCGAUUGACUCCUUGAAGGAGGUGAAAGCCCUGACGAACGCAGAGAAUCUGACCCCUCUCGGGCUGCAGCUGGCCAAGUUGCCACUGGACGUCUUUCUCGGAAAGUUGAUCAUCCACGGGGCCUUCUUCCGCUGCCUGGAUGCGGCCGUCAGCAUCGCCGCCAUUCUCUCCUCCAAGUCACCCUUUGUCAAUACCAUGGGCUCCAACACGCAGAAGGAUCUGGCCCGGCUGUCCUUCCGAAAGGGUGACUCGGAUCUUUUAACCGUGUACAAUGCCUACUGCGCCUGGAAGCGCGCCCGGAACACCCCGGGCGUGAGUGAAUACGCCUUCUGCCGGAAGAAUUUCCUCAGUUCGCAGACUCUCCUCAAUAUCGAGGACGUCAAGAUGCAACUGAUCGUCUCCAUCGCCGACACGGGUCUGUUGACCUUGGAUCCAGCCCAGAAAGCCCUACUCAACAGAUCCCGCUCCAACAACCGCUCACGCAACUUCUUCACAAUCCCUGAAGAAUAUGACUACAACAGUGUCAACGACACUGUCGUUAACUCGGUCGUCGCCUGGAGCUUCUAUCCGAAACUGCUCACCCGCGACGGCAAAGGCUGGCGCAACGUGGCCAACAACCAGUCCGUGACCCUGCACCCGACCUCAGUCAAUAAGCAGGCAGACUCCUCCCUGAAAUGGCUCUCAUACUACCACAUCAUGCAGGGCCGGAAUAAGAACUACAACGCGUUCGAAACCACGGCUGUCGAUGACUUUGCCAUUGCCUUGUUGUGCGGUGAGGCCGAAUUCAAGAUGUACUCUGGCAUCAUCUCCAUCGACUCCAACCGCAUCCGUUUCUCCACCCGCGACUGGAAAUCCAUGCUGGCUCUGAAAACCCUCAGUUCCCACAUUCGCGAUAUCCUGCAGUCGACCUUCCGCGAACCCCACCGCGUCCCGUCCUACAAACAGCAGCAGUGGCUUGAUCUCUGGCAGGCGAUUUUCGCCCAGGCGCAGGCCGCGAAAAAAUAAGUUAUAACUUAGCGUUGGUCUGUUGGUCUCAAGGCUUGUUUUGAUUUCGUUUGUUGGUCUUGUGCUUAGGAUUGAUUGGUUGGUUGCGUGGGAUUUGACUAACUGGAUAUCAAAUUCUGGAUCUGGGUUUCGGGCUGGGUUGGGUUGGAUUGGAUUCGGUCAUUCUUUUGGCUGGUUGGUUUGUGAAUGUUGGGAUGGGUAGGUUUAUCUGCAUGUAUGAAAGCUGGGUUGGGUGGUUCUCUUCUCUUUACUUUCUUGUCUUUAUCACUAGAGUAUAUGUAUGUACUUAUACAUGGCUGGGGUGCAUGGAUGCAUGGAUGCAUGGAUGUACAUGGUAUAUGAUACGGUAUAUGAUAGCUACGGCAUUGCUCCAUACAUGUGUGACAUGAGACAAUUGACUUAGGUCAUGAUCAUUAAAUUCAUCACAUUUUCGAACUUAAGGAUAACAGGUAGACUACCCCCACACAUCCUCCU